AUGCGUUUCGCCUCAAUCUGUUCUUUUAAUGUUCUGUUUGGGUUUUUCUUUUUAAGCCUGCUUAGAUUUAUAUAGUAGUGGGAUCCGUGCAUUCUCCAUUUCGUUCUCUAGCGUCGCUUUAUAGUAUCGCUUACUGACCAUCCUACAGACGGUUACCAACAACGAUCACGGGCUCUAGGUUUAAAGUACUUCAUCAGAGAUUCUCAGUAUCGCUUAACAAGAUGUCUCCCAGUCAGAAAAGCCAUUUCAAGUUACUGCAGAAAUUCAAACCCGACUACUCGCCAAGCGAGUUUGUUCAGUAUGAAUCUGAGAGGACUGGCAUGCGGGUCGUGGUCAUCGACCAGAAAGGCCCUAAGGUAACUGGGUAUUUCGUCCUUGCCACAGAGAUUCAUGAUGAUUCAGGAGCCCCUCAUACCUUGGAGCAUUUGUGCUUCAUGGGUUCUCGCAAUUACAGAUACAAGGGGUUUCUUGACAAGCUCGCCACGCGGGUUUACUCGAGUACUAAUGCCUGGACAGCUACAGACCAUACAGCCUACACGCUUGACACAGCGGGCUGGGAAGGAUUUGCACAAAUCCUCCCUGUAUACCUCGAGCAUGUAAUUGCCCCGACUUUAACAGACGAAGGCUGCUACACCGAAGUGCAUCACGUCGAUGGCACUGGAAAUGAUGCAGGUGUUGUCUAUUCGGAGAUGCAGGGGGUUCAGAAUAACGCCGCAGAGUUGAUAGACCUGACUGCUCGUCGUCUGACUUACCCGCAUGGUGUGGGCUUCCGUUAUGAGACCGGAGGUAUGAUGGAGCAGCUCCGCAUUCUCACGGCUGAGAGGAUCAGAGCAUUUCAUCGGGAGAUGUAUCAACCGAAGAACUUGUGUCUGAUCAUCACUGGCGAGGUCGAUCAUGCCAACAUGCUGGAAACUCUGGAUAAUUUCGAGAAUACCAUUCUAGACGUUAUUCCAAGCCCAGAUGCUCCAUUCAAACGACCAUGGGUAGACUCCAAGCAGGCUCCGCCAUUGGGAAAGACUUUCGUGGAGAAGGUGGAGUUUCCGGAAGAAGAUGAGUCUUUUGGAGAAAUUGAGAUCAGAUUUCUCGGACCGGAUUGCACAGAUCCUAUUCAAACUGGGGCCGUUAAUGUUGCACUUUUGUACCUUGCUGGAUCAUCCGCUUCGCUUUUAGACAACAUCCUUGUCGAGAAAGAACAACUGGCAAGCGCGGUCUACUAUGCCACUGAGGACCACCCUUCUCUUGAGAUUCGUUUCACUUUGACCAGUGUGGAAACGGACAAGUUGACUCAAGUGGAACAGCGCUUUUUUGACGUGUUGAAGGAUGCAAUGGAGAAAGAACUAGACAUGAAGUAUCUGAAAGAAUGCAUUGACCGGCAAAGACGGACCUGGAAAUUCUCUACUGAAAGCUCUGCUUCGUCUCUCGCCGAGUAUGUUAUUUCGGAUUUCCUUUUCGGAAAGAGAGAUGGCUCAACUCUUCUGGAUGUUGCGACUUUGAAAGAGUACGACGUACUCGAACAAUGGAGCGAGAAUGAAUGGCGAAACUUUAUCAAGAGAUGGAUCUCGGAUGCACCCCAUGUCACUAUUCUAGGCGUGCCAUCAACGAAGAUGUCUGAUACCCUGAAGAGGGAGGAAGAAGCUAGGGUGGCAGCGCAAAAGAAGCGUCUCGGGGAAGACGGCCUGAAGCAGCUGGCUCAAAAGCUCGAAAAAGCAAAGGCCGAGAAUGACAAGGAGAUUCCCAAGGAGCUGCUGGAGAAAUUCCGCAUUCCAGGGGUUGAAUCGAUCCAUUUCGUGGAAACCACCACGGCCAGAUCUGGUGCUGCCUUGAAGGCGGGACGCCCUGACCAUGCUGCCCAAAAGCUUGUAGAUGCCGAUGGCUCGGAAAUGCCGCUGUUUAUUCAUUUUGAGCAUAUUCCUAGCAACUUUGUCCAGCUUUCCCUUCUUAUCUCAGCCCAGUCUGUUCCGGUUCAACUUCGUCCUCUCCUGUCUGUGUAUACUGAGGCAUUCUUCAAUCUACCUGUUCAGCGUGAUGGAAAAACUAUCAACUUCGAGGAGGUUGUUGUUGAGCUAGAGAGAGACACGGUUGGAUAUUCUAUGGAAGGAGCCAGAAGCCUGGGAAACUCAGAGAUGUUGCGUAUCUCCUUCCAAGUCGAGUUGGAGAAGUAUAGUACGGCGAUUGCAUGGCUCCAGGAGCUCUCUUGGAGCUCAGUCUUCGACGUUGAGAGGCUUCGAGCAAUCACCAGUCGACUUCUGUCCGAUGUUCCCGAUUCGAAGCGCAGCGGUGAUGACAUGCUUGCGGCAGUGCACGUAAUGGUCCACUACGCAGCCGAGUCCAUUGUCCGGGCCCGAAGCACUCUAGUGAAGGCGCGCUAUCUGAAGCGUAUCAAGCGACAGUUGGCCGAGGAACCAGAAAUCGUUGUUGCCCGUAUGGAAGAGAUACGAAAGGCACUCUUCCAGUUUGAAAACAUGCGAGUCUUGGUCAUUGCUGAUCUUGAGAAACUCAAGAGUCCAGUCUCAGCCUGGAAACCGUUUGUUGAGCGGCUGGGUGCAAAUUCCACCCUACAGCCCAUCACAGCCAGAAGACCAUUAUUGAGUGACGCUGGUCAGAAACUGGGUGAGCGGUCAUAUGUGGUUCCUAUGCCGACUAUUGACUCGUCGUUCGCGUACGCGACCGCUCGGGGUCUUGAUUCAUAUAAUGACCCCCGCCUUCCUGCCCUCUUAGUGGCAAUCGCCUAUAUGAAUGCGGUUGAGGGUCCUCUCUGGGUUGCGGUCCGUGGCACUGGUCUGGCGUAUGGCACCAACUUCGCGUACAAUAUCGAUACCGGCUUUGUUAACUUCGAUGUGUACCGGUCUCCCAAUGCACACAAGGCCUUUGAGUCAAGCAAGCAGAUCGUCAAGAACCACCUGUCCGGUGCUGUUCCAUUUGAUCCUUUGAUGCUCGAAGGAUCGAUCAGCAGCAUAGUGGUCAGCUAUGCCAACGAGCAGGCGACCAUUGCUGGUGCAGCUCAGGGCAGUUUCACCCGCCAGGUGGUGCGAAACCUCCCCAGCGACUACAAGGAGAAGAUGCUCAAGCAGGUUCGGAACAUUAGUGUUGAGGAUAUCAAGGGCGCGCUGCGGGAUAUUAUUCUUCCUCUGUUUGAGCCUAAGACGGCUAACAUUGUUAUCACCUGUGCUACUGUCCUUGAGGAGACUAUCAAGGAGGGUCUCCAGUCGUCUGGGUUCACUCCCGUGGUGCAACCGCUCAAGGAAUUUGAGGACGACUACGGCCUGAAGGUCGGCGACGACGAGGACGAGGAAUCCGACGACGAAGAUGAAGAUGAUGAUGAAUAUGAAACGGGAUCAGAAGAUGACGAAGACGACGACGAAGAUGACGAGUGAACACUCUUUCCAUAAUGAGACGGCUAGGGAUAUUUUACGAUGACUGGAAUGGUAUUGGCACGACAAACCGCACAAAAUCGAUCACUAGACAAAGACAGACCGGCGACUGCAGUCAUAGAAAAGCCAUAGAGUCAGGAACUGUAUCUAUUGAUGUUUGCUUUUUGUUUAUCCCUGGGAAGAUCUACAAUCUGUU